UAUACUUGGUGCUCAAAUUGGAUCCGAUGUUAUUCUAUCGGAUAUUCGUUGUCUCACUGAUCCUCAUCUUGUAAAUAUUGGUGAUCAUGUUCGCUUGAAUAUGGGUGCUUCCGUACAAGCUCAUACAUUCGAACAGCGUAUAUUCAAACUGGCACCAAUCACUGUAAAACAUUCUAGUGUACUGAUGACUAAUACGUUGGUACUUUCUGGAUCAACACUUCAAGGACAAAAUCGUAUCUUACCAUGGACACUUGUGAUGAAGGAGGAUCAACUGCCACCUAACACAAGCUGGUCUGGUGUACCUGCUAAACAAGUCAUCUAA